AUGGGUGAGAAUUUACAUUAUGCUGUACGUGGUUCUAAUGGUUUCGGUAUAAUUAGAGGUAUUAGCUCACCGUUAAGGAUAUACGAUAAAUCUGAAGAUCCUAAGUCACAUCCGUGUCGGGUAUUUCAAUUCAGUAAUACUGGACAAUAUUUUUGUUAUUGCGAUACUGCUAGGACAGUUCUAGUGGAAAGUUCUUCUGGACGAGAAAUAUUUAAUGUUGACUUACCGCGUACUCAACAAAUUGUCUUUUCUCCAAGAGACCGUUUAUUGGCAACAUAUGAACCAUAUGUUUCCUACGUUGCUAAAACGGCUGAAAAUAUCGAACAACGACAACCAGCACCAAAUCUAAGGUUAUGGUCACUUCCAGAAGGAAAGCAUAUUACUACAUUAAUUGCUCAAAAACAGAACUCAUGGAAAAUUCAAUGGACUGAUGAUGAAGUUUAUUCAGUUCGUUUAAUUGGAUCCGAAAUUUUGAUUCACAAAUAUAAUUCAUAUGAGAAAUAUGAGUCAAAAUUGGUGAUACGAAAUGUUGAAAGUUGCUCAUUGAGCUCUGGAAUGGAACCACAUCAUCUUGCAGUAUAUGUUCCUGCAUCUGGUGGGCAACCUGCAUUAGUGCAACUCAAAAGGUUGGAUCACAAAUUCACUACUGUGGCUAGCAAAACUCUCUUUAAAUGCGAUAAAGUUAAUUUGUUAUGGAGUUGCAAAGGAAGUGCAAUGAUAGUAAUGGCAAUAGUGGAUGUUGAUAUUUCAAAUAAAAGUUACUAUGGUGAACAAAACUUAUAUCUUGUGGCGGUAAAUGGUGAUAGUUGUGCUGUGCCGCUCGAGAAGAAUGGACCAGUUUAUAGCGCUAAAUGGAGUCCUAAUGGAAAACAAUUUGCAGUUUGUUAUGGCUUUAUGCCUGCUCGGGUAACUUUGUACAAUUUGAAAUGUGAUCCAGUUUUCGAUUUUGGAGAAGGACCACGAAAUGAUAUGUAUUACAAUCGAUUUGGAAAUAUCUUGAUACUUUGUGGUUUCGGGAAUAUUGCCAGUGGUCGUAUGCAAUUUUGGGAUGUAGAAGCUCGACGUGAAAUUGUUACUAUUGAGGCACCAAACACGACAUUAUUAGAAUGGGCACCAGAUGGUCAGCAUUUAAUGACUGCCACUACAGCUCCAAGACUUCGAAUCGAUAAUUGCUUUAGGAUAUGGCAUUACAGUGGUCGUUUACUUUAUGAACAUCGCUGUGAUUCUUCUUCCGAAUUAUGGCAGGUGCAAUGGCGACCUGUUCCUGGGAAUAUUUACCAUUCCUUUUCGAUUCCACUUCUAACAGUUGAAGACAAAGCAAAAGCUGGCUUAAUAGUGCAGAAGAAGAUUAUGGGUGAUGAACAUCCAGCUAAUAAUUUGCCAGUUGGUGCAAUCAGUAAAAAUGGAACUUAUGUGCCUCCUCAUUUACGGAAAGGUUCAGCAAAAAAUGUUUUGAAAGUGGCAACAUCGACUUCAACUUCAAAGGCUCCAUUAUCUGAAAAAGAGAAAAAGAUACGUGCGCUGCAAAAGAAAAUUGAUGAUAUUGAGAAGUUAAAGAAGCGAAAAGAAAGCGGACAAAUUUUGGAAGCAAAUCAGAUGGCAAAAAUUAAUAAGGAAGAUGAAAUUAUCGAAGAAUUGGAAAAAUUAAAGGUUGCUUGA